AUGAAUCCUGGAGGUUACAUUCAAAACCACGUGCCUUUUUUUACAAUUGCAGUUCUAGCUCUAGAGAUGAGCACCGGUGUGUUAAUGAACGCAUUUAUCAUAUUUGCAGUUUAUCUGGAUUUUUUGAAAACAAAAACGGUGAGCAGUAGCUACAAAAUCUUGCUGUGUGUGGCCAUCUCCAAUGUGUGCUUCGGUAUCUUGAUGUCUCUUGCUUUGCUUGAUUAUUUCUGCAGCCUUGGAAUCUUCCAAACUAUUAAUACCACUUAUAUUUAUCUCUACCUGUUGCUUUUUACCAUGACUUCAUGUGGGUGGCUUUCAGCCAGUCUGGGCUUCUUCUAUUUCAUAAAGAUAUCUGAUUUUAAGUCAGGCUGUUUCUCUUGGAUGAAGACGAAUAUUAGUUCAAUUGUCCCCAGGAUGUUAUUGGGGGCUGUAAUGGUGUCUCUCUUCAACAGUCUUCUAAGCAACGUGUUCUUUAUUUUCUCUCCGGCACUGUCUGGUAAUACCACUGAUUACUCUCCAUCUAUGGUCUCCAUACUUUCACAGUCAAGCACAACAUUUGUCAACGCUGUCAUCAUUGCUACUGUUCUUCCCUUCUUGGUGGUGUUCACCACGACUUUGUUUACUCUUGUGGCAUUGAAGAAACACAGAAAGAGAAUGAUGAAUGUUCAAACGUCGGGCAGUGAGCACGCGAGGUCCUACGAGAAUGUUGUGCUCCGGAUGACACAUUACUUGCUUUUCUACGUAAUAUUUUAUGUUGUGAUGUCCAUCGUCUAUUUUGUGGUCAUUAUAUGGGUAGAGUCAGGAUUCUGGUUUUUGCUUCUUCUUCUAAACUCCUUCACCCCGGUGCAGUCAACCCUCCUUGUUCUUGCUAACCCCAGACUGAAGGCUGCCUGGGAGGAAAUAUUCUUGUGUGCUCAUCUUCAAGAAAUGUUUUCAACCUAA